UACCUCUCAAGUUGCAUCGUCAAUGCUUCCAUAGAAGAAAUAGAGGAGGAAGAAGAUGUAGAAUCCGUAAAGAGUGAUGGUAUGAACACAAAGGAAGGUACAUAUGAGAUUGUCGGUACCUUGAAGAAACAGGAUGGAGAUAAACCAGACUGGGUGACAGAAAUCUUCAAUUUUGGAGACAAGAAACAGAUGUUGGAACAUAUGUCUGAAUGUGACAUCGUCAUUUACGAUAUCAAUGAAGACCAGGGUCAAAUUGAUGAAGCAACAUGGGCUGUGUCAGCACUACAUGCCGAGUUGGAACGAUUCAAAACUCCAAAGAUGUUCAUUCUGUUGUCAACUGUAAUGACAUGGGCAAAGAGCAAGCCGCUUGAUCCCGAUGACCCAGAGAUUCCAUUUACAGAGGAUGACUACAGAAGGAGGAAAGCUCAUCCAAAUUUCAAGAAUCACAUCAGUGCAGAGAAGUUGGUUAUCAAACAUGGAAAGACAAAUAAAGCAAAGUUUGUUACCUAUGUAGUUGCAGCUGGCCUUACCUAUGGAGCAGGUGAAAACAUCUUCCAUGACUUAUUCAAGACUGCCUGGCAUGGAGACACUGAUUCCUUGCAGUGUUUUGGGAAUGGGAUGAACAUCCUUCCAACUAUACACAUCAAAGAUUUGGCCGGUGUUCUUCAAAACAUAGCUGACAGCAGACCCAAGACUAGGUACUUGGUUGCCGUUGAUGAAUCUCAGAACACCCUUGAGGAGAUAGUAAAGAGUAUUAGCACCAAUCUUGGCACAGGUAAAGUGAAACAUAUCACCAAGGAGGAGGCUUUGCUAAAGAAAUCUCUUAAACAAAGCGAUUUUGAUCGGCUGCUAGUAAACCUGCGAAUGGAUGGUGUGUACAUAAAAGAAAACAUGAACAUAAGAUGGGUAGCAGAAACCGGUCUGAUGGAGACCAUUCCCCAAGUCAUCAAAGAGUACAAACAAACAAGGGGAUUAUUGCCAAUGAGAGCCUGUGUUCUUGGGCCACCAGCAAGCGGUAAAACGAGCAUUGUGCAGGCGCUGUGCAAGAAGUAUAAACUCCACCACAUUUCAAUUAAAGAUGUGAUUAACGAAGCCAUUGAGACCUUGGAGAAAAGUGCAGCUCGUGCAGACUCUGAUGAGAAUGAGGAUGAUGAUGGAAAAGCCCAAGAAGAUCAGGAACUGUUGGAAACCAUUAUGGAAAGCAAGGAAUCAAACAGUGGACGCAUUGAGGACCAGUAUAUAAUUCGGUUUUUCCGUGACAAGUUGCACUCUAUGCCAUGCCAGAACCAAGGGUUCAUCCUUGAUGGCUAUCCCAAGACCAUGGAGCAAGCGAGGGAGCUGUUUGCAGUUGAUGAUGAAGAAGAACAGGAAGAAAAUUCCAAGAUGCCGGUAUACGACAAAAGCAUCAUGCCAGAGGUAAUCAUCUCCCUGAAUUGUACUGACGAGUUCCUUAAAGACCGUGUGAUGAAUCUUCCAGAGAGCGUUGUCGCAGGGACACACAACACCGAAGACGGCUUGCAGAGGAGGCUACAGGAGUUCCGUGUGUUAAAUGAAGAGGACACAACCGUACUGAACUAUUUUGAUGAAUUGGAAUUCCAUCCUGAACAUAUAGAUGUGGCCAAAGAAGCUGAUCCACAAAAUCAAAACAUUGUAGAUCAGAUCGAGAAAAUAAUGGGAGAGCCUCGAAAUUAUGGCCCAACACCUGAAGAGGUUGAAGUUAUGGAACGGUUGAAAACAGAAAAGAGGCUUAAAAAAGAACUGGAAGAAAAGGAAGAAAUAGAAAGGAAAGAGGCGGAAGAAAAGGCAGAAACAAUUAAACGGCAAACAGAAUGGGCCAACAGACUAGAAGAGGUGAAACGUCAGGAACAAGAACUGCUGGAAACCCAGUCGAUACCCCUCAGAAAUUACUUAAUGAAACAUGUGAUGCCAACACUGACACAAGGGCUUAUCGAUUGCUGUAGAGUUCGCCCUGAUGAUGCCAUUGAUUAUUUGGCUGAAUACUUGUUCCGAAACAACCCACAAGUGGACUAAGCAAGUCAACAAAAAUCGAAUGUUACAGAAUUAUAAUAUUUUAUCUCUUUUAUCUCAAUAUAGCAUUCUCUUUAAGAUGAUAAGCACUGUUGCUGACAUAAAUUAUAUUCUAAAGUUGUUAUUCUUUUAUGUACAGUAUAUUCAAUGAUAGAUUGAUAAUCAAAUGAUUACCAUAAAAGAUGAAUUCUGAUUGGCUGAUUGAAAUGUUCAAAUGUUUUUGAGUGCAGUUGAUAAUUUACAUGCACAACUAAGUACAGUGCAAAGCUAAAUUUAUAAUACAGGUCUCCCUUCAUUAAAGACCAUAUUUGUGACCAUGGUUUCCUUGGUCAGCUUUGAUCUGUAAUUAGCAUAAUAAACAUAAGACAAUUUAAUAUGGGACCACAGAAAAGUGGUCUUUAAUUGGAGGUGGUCUUUCCUUGGAGGAGUCUUUAGAGGGAUACCUGUAUUUUGGAAGUUGUUGACUGUAACUUACAUAUUUUCCUCAGAUAUCUACAUCUGUAAUUAUAUUUUCUAACUUCUCUUGCCUGAACUAAAAUUUUGUUGUAAAAAUCUAUAAACUUACAGUAAUUACAUAAUUCAGAUGAAACAUGUUGGCCACUCUAUAAUUAUGUGAUUGUUGUAUUCAGGACCUAUAUUAUUUGUCAUCAUUUUUACUUUAUAUACCACUUUAUUCUCUACUUUCUCACUGUUAAUCAUACCAGUUUAUUUUAUUUUUCAUUCCUUCAGCUGAAUACACCGGUAUGAAAGACUUAUAAUUUGUAUAUAAUUUUUCUGGUUAAUAAAAAAAAAAUAUCAAAUUUAUGGCAUCACUCUACUUGUAAUAUAAAUAUAUGGAUUGUUGUAUAUAAAUGCCAUCUUAUUCUCUACAUGGAUUGUUGUAUAUAAAUGCUAUCUUAUUCUCUACUUGGGAAGUUGCGUUCUCCCUUUGUUGUGACCUCAAAAUAAAUGGUAGUGGAAUAUUAAAGUGAAAAGAUGCGAAAUAAA